AUGGGACAGUUGAAAAGUAAAUUGAUCCGAUCCGAAAAUAGUAAUCUGAAAGCGGAUCCGGAUGAGAAAUGGUCGAAUCUUUACAGGGAACGCGAAAAGAAUCAUCUCUAUAAAUGGGUCGGCGUUCGAACAGGUGGCGACUUGAUAUCAGCGUUCGAGAAGGAUGGUGAGGAUGGCGUGUUGCGAUUUGCAAAUGAUAAAUUUAUCUCGAUGAUGUACGAUGACGGUGCACAGCCACAACUGAUCAAAUUUGCUGAUUACGCGAAGUGGAAAAUGACUGUGAACGUGCAGUUGGGUAAGGCCGAUGAUAAAGCCGAGAGCAGUCCACUCGAGAGUAUGUUUCGUGAACACCUCGCCCAAUGGAAACUCAACAAGCGUGGUGUUGAGGGUGAGACAAUCGUGCAUCUUCUCCUCAACCGCGAAGAACCGAUGUGCUGUGAAAUCGCUCGCAUACUCAUCGCUCAUUACCCGGGUCUUGCAAAUGAUAUUUAUUUGGGUGAUGAAAUGUUCGGUCAAAGUGCACUGCAUCUGGCGAUUGUGCAUGAUGACUAUGAAACAGUGCAAUUACUUCUUCAAAGCGGAGCUGAUGUGAACGCUCGUGCUUGUGGAGCAUUCUUUUUACCAGAGGAUAUUACCGAUUAUCGAGGAUAUGCCUAUUAUGGAGAAUAUCCGCUUGCGUUUGCAGCGUGCUUUGGCAAUAAAGAUAUCUAUGACCUACUCAUUCAAUAUGGUGCCGAUCCGGAUUUGAAGGAUAUGUAUGGCAAUACGAUUCUUCACAUGUGUGUCAUCAACUAUAGCAAUUCAAUGUACAGUUAUGCAGUUCGACACUGGGAAAAACCAGCCGAUCCUAAUAUAGUGAACUUUGCUGGUUUGACACCGUUGACACUAGCCACGAAACUGGGACGAAAGGAUAUUUUCGAGGAGAUGCUUGAACUGAUGAAAGUGCUAAUACUUACCGCUGUAGAUUACGAUUCGGCUUUGAUGACUGUUAUCAAUGGCAGUACUGCUGAGCAUUUGGAUAUGAUCGGAAGCGAAGUGAUACAACGCCUUUUGGCUGAUAAAUGGAAAGCAUUCGCUUCGCGGAAGCUAUUCGAAAGAUUGGGUCUUCUGGCUCUGCAUCUUGUCUUCCUAUGUUUUGUGGUCUACUUGAGACCAACCGAACCCGAGCGACUAACCUACCAACACGCCUAUACGUCUUGGGAUGAUUGGGUUUGUCUUUCGUAG